UUUGCCUUACGAGUUCCAGCCCAUUGUUUUGGGAAAUAUGGGUAUUUUGUGUAAAAUACAAUGUUUAUCCAUAAAUAUUAGCCUUGACGAGACAAAUCUCGCGUAAUAAUCUAAGGGAAACAGAGUUUUCAUCAUGGAAAGCCCGAGUUUCAGUGAUAAAGUGGAAGCGUAUUUCUCUGAGCUAGGACGAUGGAAAGUAUGGAGAAGCAUACUGCUAGGACAAGUGCUGUCCCUGCUCUUAAGUGGCAAGUGCGUGAUGACAACACUCCUACAGAGUGCGACAUGGCAGUUUCCCAUCACCGGCCAGCUGAUUGUGCCAUAUCUAGUGCUGUUCAUACUGUUCACUCCCAGCUUGCUGUGUAACAGAGUCAAAAAUCUGUCCAAGAAAUGGUGGAUCCUGCUGAUAGCGUGCAUGCUAGACGUGGAAGCUGGCUGGCUUCUUGUAAUGUCGCAGCGGUACACAUCGGUGCUGAGCUGACAACUGCUCGCCUGUAGUGGGGUGGGCGCGGCGCUGGUCGGAGGUGCUUGGCGUGGACAGAGACUGGGUGUUGCGCAUGUUGCAGGCGCCACACUUGGGCUCAUGGCCGUCGUGUGUGUGGUGUGGGCUGAUGUUGAAGGCGCACCUACUGACGGCAAGAAUCAGCUAGUGGGUGACAUGCUCUGCCUGGCUGGAUCUCUACUUUUCGCCGUAGUAACAGUCCUACAAGAGAUGAUGCUCAAAAUUCAUUCUUGCUCGGACUACCUAGCCCUCCUUGGAAUUAUAGGCAGCGUGGUUGCAUGCACUCAGACAUUCUUCCUGGAAUUUGGAGAACUAAUGACCUUCAAUUGGUAUGAGCUGGAUACGAUUGUGCAGUUGGGAAGUUACUGCUCUGUGCAGACAGUGUUUCAGAUACUGCAGUGUUUUAUGCUAAGAGAUGCUGGCUCUAUAGUGUUGCAUCUGUCGUUUUUGUCUGCUGACUACUAUACACUUAUUGCUGGGAUGUACAUUUUUCAAUUCAAGUUCCACGCUUUGUACUUCCUGUCGUACUUGCUGGCGGUGCUGGGCGUGUUCCUGUUUGCGUCGCGUUCAACACAUGCGCACGCGCACGCGCCUGUACCCCAUGCGCUGCCGCAACUCGUACAUGACGCGCAUGAUGCGCACACGCAUCACGCGCAAGACAACGUCUCCAUGGAGUACACGGUUCCCGCACUCGACUGCAUCCCGAUAGAAGGUCUGGAACCACCCAUGAGCAGGGAUACAACAUUCACUUCUUUCCUCGGAGGUCCCCAAAGCUCAGCACCAAACGGUAAUGCCACUUUUUCACCAUCAAACGGCGCGCAAAAUCCAAAGGAGACUUGUUAAUAGAAUGUAUGAGCUGUCUGAACACUUUUUAUAUUCAGACCUAUGUACACAUACAGUGUUAUGGAACAAGUCGUUUGUGUAUAUAAUGGUAAGUAUUUUCUAUAUAAAUACAUAGUGUAAUAAACUUUUUUGUUAACCGGUUAGCCUACAAUUGUAACUUAAAAAUGAAUCUAGAUUUUAGUCAUGUCAUUAAUAAAUCCACUGCUUUCCAUUAUAUAGACAAUCGAUUCGUAUUAUUAAUUCCCCAAUACCUGAAUAUUAUUGAAUGUACUCUUAAUUAUUAUGCGAUAUGUUGUUUAUAUUUGAGUAAAAACACUUUAAAAUAAUUUAUAUUACUCGUUAGUACAACUACUGAAUAGUUUUUAAACAUCCCACCGAGUUUUACAUCUGCUAUGAAUUUAUAGUUUGUUGUGUAUUGCUACAAAAAAGCCAAUUUAUUUAUAAUUGUUACAAUUUAAUUUAUAUUAGAGCUGGAAGUACAGUUAGGAAUAGUGUUGCUCUGUUAAAGUAUAUAUACUGAAUAUACACUAAUUCACUUCACUAUCUCACUAGUCAUAGAAUAGUCGGGAAUAACUAGUCAGUGAGCGAAAAUAUGUCCAAACUGGUUGGAUAUCUAUGUAGGUAAUGUAUGGAAAUGAUUUCCUUAUAUAAUAAAUUAGUGAUAUUCAAUCAGUAUUAUUGAAUUGGAGAACUUUGAAUAUCGUACCUUACACGAACUAUUGUAUUGAAAAACAUACGUUUUAUAAUAGCAAGUUUUAAAUUAAUUUUACUAUAGGUAGGUUUUAACCGUUAUAUACAUUUUGAUGUUUUUUCGCUCAAUGUCUAUUUUAAUCUCUAGAAUAGUUACACCGUCAGUAAAGUUAACAAUUCAUUUGAUAUAAGAGUAUUUUAGCGCACACGUACAGUUAACUAAACGUAAACAUAGUCCCUAGUGAGUUUUUUAGAAUUUUAUAAACAUAUAAAGAUUUCUUUUUACUCUUAUACUUAGAAAAUAAUCGACCAUUAGUUAAUUAACAAGAACUGCCAGUUAUUCGAAUUUCGACCCUUUUUUAUUUACCUUAAUACUUUUAAAUAGUAAAUUAUUAUUAAGAUAUUUUGUUGAUAAAAAUCGAGGCCAGAAUAAAUAUCUUAUUGACUUAAUUAUUUUAGUCAUAAACCAGGAUUCAUUCAUGGUUUUUAUACUACUUAUUGUUAGGCAUUCGUAUUAAAAUCUGUGCUAAAUUGAUUUUUAUCAAGCAAAAAUAUUAAUUGAUUUAGAUAAAAUAUACUUAAUUAUAAAUUAUACUAGAUUCUCAGUCCGAACAAUAUUAUAUGCUUAAGGAAUUGUCAGAAAUGAAAGAAUUUUAAUCCUAUUUGUAGAUUAAUUCCACAUAAAGAAAUAGUUAAUUUCACGGAGCUCCUUAGCGCACAAUAAAUGGAUUCCAAUUUACGCAGUUUACUACGUAAGAUAAUAUUUAUGUAACUAUUAGAUAUAUGGGACUCCUAAAUGUCUGUUUUUAUGUAAUGUGGCAUAUUCUGAAUGGGGAUGAUGUUACCUUUAUUAUUUCAAUAAUUUCCAGAAUUUUGCGUUUCCAUAGAGCAUUUUACCAUGAACGUGUGCACUCUGGACUGAACUUACUCCCGUAAUGUUUUCUCAUCGCUCUACCUUGUCCUUUAGACAAAGUUCAAAAUAGGUUUUUACUGUGGGCAACGGCUUGGCUGUUCAACUUGCAUUGUUAAUGACCACAGGGAUGGUAACUACUUUCCAUUAGGUGGAGCAUUGGCUCGUCUGCCUUUGGAUCCAAUAAAAACGAAAUCAUGAUAUAAUCGAGUAUCUAAGUGUCAACAAAGUCCAUUUACUAGCAGCAAAAAAUUUUGUGUAUCCAAUUUUAAAAAUGUCAAGCCAAUUUUAAUCCACUUUUAUAACCAUAAUUUAUAAUAUCAGUCCAUUCAGAAUUGUCAACACAGCUUAGAAUAGAUAAUGCUUCUCCAAAAUGGUAUUAUAUUGAAUAUUAGUGAUCUCAAUUUUAUUUAAUGUUAUUUUAGUAUAACUAAAAUGUUUAACUUGUUUCUUACGCUCAAUUAUUAAAAUUAAGAUGAAAAAAGAGUGUAUAAAUUUUAGUCCAUUAGAUAAAUCAGAAAGGCCUCGUUUGAGCUACAAUGACGCGCCCUAAUAUUUAAGUUGCAGCUUAAAUUUGUGAAUCUAAAUACUCACAUAUAAACUACUUUUUGUGAGAAUAAAAUAUUGUGCAUACUUCGUGUCGAGGCAGAAAGGCCGAUUGACUUUUCGUGUAAUAAACUUGAUAACUUGCCAAUGAGUAAUAUUGUUGAAAGUAGUAUGAUCGCUCCUUUAGUUAUAAUAAUUAUAUCAUUAUUUAUUGCAUAACCAAUAAAACAUAAAGAAAAGCAAAAGAAAGCAAAUACAAGACAUGGUUACACAAUGGGCUGUCUUAUCGCUAAAAGCGAUUUCUUCCAGACAACCGUUAUAUAUAAAGUUAUAUAUGCAUUCAUUCAAUACUUCAUUUAACCAUCUAACCGCCAUUUUUCAAUAAUCGAUCCCAACUGCUUCUUUCGAUCUAUCUCAAAAAUGAAGCAAUCGGUGCAAAGUUUUUUGACAUGCUUACAAAUGAGUUGUUUUGAUUGGUUCAUACUCGGAUUCAGAUUGAAGAUUGAGAUUGGGAUCGUUUAUUCAAAACGGCUGAUAGUGAGGGGAACGUCAUUUUAGCUAAACGACGUAUUGUAUUAUGCAGUAUACACUUUUGGGAAUUGAGUAUUGUUUUGUGCGUCAGUAGACGAGUUGUUUCGCGAAUGUGGUUGUGUUACAUUGUGUUAGUUGUAAAUGUAAAGCUAUUUAUUGCAAUGUUACAUGAUAUGUUUUAACGCCAACCUCUGUAAAAUCUAUACAAUUUCUUCUCGAACUCUAAAUAUUUGAAUCGAAUAUACAAUGUUUUCAUGA